AGAGUCAGUGGAAGGGAGAUCGCGACCCGGGCGCUGCCGCCGAGACGAGGGCGCGCGGGCGCCGGGAUGGAGGACGGCGUGGCGGAGCCCCGGCUCGGGGAGGCGGCCGAGGCGGCCGAGGCGCGAGCGCGGCCCGGGGUGUCGCUGCGGCCCUUCGCGCCGUUCUCCGGGGCGGCCGAGGCGGACGAAGGCGGCGGCGACUGGAGCUUCAUCGACUGCGAGAUGGAGGAGGUGGACAUGCAGGACCUGCCCAGCGCCACCAUCGCCUGCCACCUGGACCCGCGCGUGUUCGUGGACGGCCUCUGCCGGGCCAAAUUCGAAUCCCUCUUUAGGACCUACGACAAGGACAUCACCUUUCAGUAUUUUAAGAGCUUCAAACGAGUCCGAAUAAACUUCAGCAACCCGUUAUCCGCAGCGGACGCCAGACUGCGGCUGCACAAGACCGAGUUUCUGGGCAAGGAGAUGAAACUGUACUUUGCUCAGACUCUGCACAUAGGGAGCUCGCACCUGGCCCCGCCAAACCCGGACAAGCAGUUUCUGAUCUCUCCUCCCGCCUCUCCUCCCGUUGGUUGGAAACAAGUGGAAGACGCUACCCCCGUCAUAAAUUAUGACCUCUUAUAUGCCAUCUCCAAGCUAGGGCCAGGGGAGAAGUACGAGCUGCACGCGGCGACAGACACCACCCCGAGCGUGGUCGUCCACGUGUGCGAGAGCGACCAGGAGGACGAGGAGGAGGACGAGGCGGAAAGAACGAAGAGACCCAAGCCCAAGAUCAUCCAGACCAGGAGGCCGGAGUACACGCCCCUCCACCUAAGCUGAGCGGGCUCCCGGGCGGAGCAUCCCGAGUUGUACGCACGGGGAGGAACCUUUGGCUGUGAGAGUGGCUGGUCACGGCUUUGGAGGUGGCGGCCAUGAUCGCGGUGGCGGGGAUUCCAGUUCGUGUUGCUCCGAAGAGGAUCAAGGCUUCGCCUCCCGGUUCUGACCCUGCGCACCAAUGUCCGCGGCCCUGGGUGUCCCGGGCCCGUCACUGAGUUUGGGGUGAUCGCGCGGGGACAUUAGGGCGCGUCUCGAGAAAACCCGGUAACCGUAGUGUUCUGUGCUUGUUCUUUCCUGCUGGGUGCUGCUUGGGCCGAGGGCAGGCUGAUGCGUGGGCCCGGGGCCCACGCCCACGCAGUCCUGCGGGGCUGCCCCCUCCCGGCGCGAGAGGCGCCCACGACCACGGCGUGUCUGAGGCAGGAAGGCGGCGAGACCCCAGCCAGCGUGGAAACCGUAGCGUUUGGUUUUUUCUCCCCCGUGUCCUGGUGUUCGUGCAUGUGCGUUACUGAUUUCCGACACUAACCCUUGUUCGUAUAUCGAGUUACGUCCUCGUCGUUCUGCAUGUUUUGGGAAGAUAGGAGAGUGUUUGGAAACUAGCACCGUUCCCGAGUCACGACCCCUUACAACAGCACACGUGGAAUUCUGCCUGGAACGCGCCCCUCCGCGCCCUGUCCGGGCGUCGCAGCGCCUGUGCUCUUUCUAAGGGGUCCGUCUGAAACCCCAGGCUGGGUUUCGCUUAUGCAAGAGAAUUUCACUGCCAACUUUUAGUGGGUGAGAAAUUUCAGCUUAGGCGUCCGGGGUUGGACUCGAUCUCACCUGUUCCUUUCACAAUGUGGUUCAUAAUGAGUCCUGGCCAAAAGCCUUUCCUGGGCAUCGUUGGUUAGGAUACCCUAUUCUUUCUACCCCACCAAAACAGCGAGAUAAACUUGUAAAUAAAGCUGAUCGCGUAUAUUCCUACCUGUUGUGCACUUGGUUGAAAAAAAUUAGGGCAGUGGAAGAAUAGUGUGAGACGCAGUAACCUACCUGUGACUGAACGUUGUCGAAAACACCAUCGAAAGGUUGGACGGCACUUGGAUUCGAAGCACGCGGUGGGGACAGGGGCGUGCGGUGGCAUGAGGGUCACAGUGCCUUUCCCGUUCCCUCCUGAUGGGGUUGUUACUCUCGUUGACGUCUGUAAUUUUUUUCUAGUUGUAACGUAUACGUCUGGUAAAUAGGUAUUAUAUUUUGGCCUUAAAAUAAAAUACCAUAACAAAGUUUGUCAUUUUGAAAUACCUAAUGCCAAGUAACAAUGCAUGCUUUGGAAGUUUGGAUGGUUCUCUUUAAGACGCGAGUAAAUUCGAUUGUUCACAUCAAGAAAUUGAAUGUUCUCAAAACCCUGUUUACAGUACUUGGUGGGGGGCAGGGCAGGUGCGGGGGAGACCAUUGCGUAGCUGUUCAAGUGUUCCUAGUUAAGUGCUUUUAAACUGGAGAGGCUAACCUCAGAAUAUUUUUUUUAACUGCAUUCUAUAAUAAAUCAACACAAUAUGCUCUUUAUGGAAAA